GAGUUGUAAGGUUUUUGUGCCAGCUAACCAUGGACAGUAUAAUGGAAAACAGAAAACUCGUCCAAACCAGCAAGAGGAAAAAAAUGAUCAGUGUGGAUGGGUUUUUGUACUACGCAAAUCGCAAGAUUCAAUCAACCCUAACCCGCGGAGCCCGAAGAAAGGUGAUUAUUAGACGAAGGCGGAAGCAAAUGCCGCGGGAACCUACUGAUGGCGACGACUACCAAAGCAUAGACGACAGAUAUCAACAGACCCUGGGUGGAGAGAAGUUCUUGCAGACGAACAUCGCCACCCCGGAUGGGCGCAUUUUGAUAUUUUCUACUGCAUCCAACAUGCGACACCUGUCUUUAGCCAAAAUAUGGUUAAUGGACGGAACUUUCGUCACUGCACCGACUAACUUCGCCCAAGUUUUCUCCAUCCAUGGCAACAUCAAUGAAGGAAACGUUCGUCGAUUUGUACCGCUGGUUUUUAUGCUGUUGCCCAGAAAAAAUGAAGCUACAUACAAAACAGCGUUCGAAGGCUUGUCCGAAAUUGCGGCUGAUAUGAGUCUUGAGCUGGAACCUACCGUCAUUAAGUCGGACUUCGAACUUGCGCUGUUAAACGCUUCUCGGUUUGUGUUUACCAAAACAACUCUGAGUGUUACGGAACAGGCCUCUGAACCUAUUGAGACCACCACUCUACGAACCUCCCGGAAACGAUGA